CGCGGCCGGGGCGUGGUCUCUGUUUGGUGGGUGGAGGCAAGAAAAAGCAAGCACGCUGGUAAGUUUUCAAAAAGUGCCAGGCAAACAAAAGUGGCUUUAGAGCAAAGCAGGAAACAGGGAAAUAACCUUGGAGACGGAAACACGGUGGACUCUCCUGGACCAGACGCGCCCGCAUUUAUCAGACAGAUUCUAAUCCAGUCAGUGUUUAUUAUGUAAAUGUGCGUCUGUUUGGAAAAACAAAAAAAACAUUCUUGGAUACAUUUUAGAAUUAGGACACACCGGCUCAGGUGUAUCGGUGGUGCGCAAGUGAGGGGUCGGUGUUUGGAGUGAAAGUCUUCAUUGAUUAAUGUGAUGUAUUGUGUCAGAGCACAAAGCCCUGUCUGCCUCAUCUAGAGCGCCCGCCCAUUGGGCUUUCUGCGGAGCGAUAGUGAGGAGAUUGAUUAUAGUCUCCGGGAUUUCCGUGGAGGACGCCAGAGCCUGCCUGCCUGCCUGCCUGCCUGGACUGCGAUUCCCCACAUCAGUGCCGGAAAGAGGAGAGAGGGGCAGGACAAAAAUCAUAACAAGGACUUGCACUCUCACAUCCAUCAACCCCCCCUUGCGCGUAAUUAGCCCCCCUUGUGAGUGAGCAGGUUUCCAAAAUACGUGCUGGACUUUUUUUUUUUCUUUUUCUUUUUUUUUUUUUUUUUAUACCGAGGAGGCGAGUGUGAAUCGCCUCCGCAGUCUCGGAUGCGUAGUAAACCGGGAGUGGGUUGGGUCGCCCAGGCGCUUGGCAUAUACGCACACGUCGUCAGCGAUAGAAGCAGAUAGGUGAGGGUGAAAGCAAGGGGAAAAGACACCCCAUGCUUUUUUUUUCCUUCUCUUCUCUUCUCGCCCUCCCCCUUAAGCAGGAGGACACCGGAGAGGUGAGUCGGACACCGCCGGACUCACCGGCUGUGGAAGCCCCGGCCGCUUCUAUCGCUCGGGAUUCAUAGAUCUCCUCCUCCUCCUCCUUCUUCUCCACCUCCACCACCUCCGUCUUCCUCUUUCUGAUUCAGGACCAACGAUUUUUUUUAAAAACCACACUAUCAAACAGCCCGACUAGUCAUCAUCACCUCUUCAUCUAAAGGGAAUAUUGGAAGUGAAUCUGCGGGGCAACACACGCACACAAUGGCAACCGGUGCGCUCCUGCUCGCCUGUGCGCUGCUCGCCGGUGUUGCCGUGGCUCAGAGAGUCGUAACGGUGCAAAGUGGACCGCUGAUCCGUACCGAGGGCUCUCACGUGACAAUCUGGUGCAAUGUGACGGGCUACAAGGACGGGGUGGAACAAGACUUCGAGUGGUCCAUGUAUCUACCAUCGGCUCCGGACAGGGAGAUCCGCAUCGUCAGCACGGCUCAGCCAAACUAUGCCUACUCCGUUUAUGCCCAGAGGGUGAAUAGCAAAGAGAUCUAUGUGGAGAGGCUGAGCCGCGACUCAGCUGUGCUCCACAUCACCAAAGUGCUGGCUAAAGACCAGGGUCUGUUUGAGUGUUACACACCCAACACAGACGGCCAGUACCUGGGAUCCUACAGUGCACGCACAAACCUCACCGUCAUCGCCGACUCGUUGACAGUCACAGCUCCGGCUCAGACUCUGUCCAAGGUGGAAGGCGACACGCUACAGCUCACCUGCGAGGUGUCUCGGAUCACAAUGCAGCACACUCACUUAUCGGUGGGUUGGUACCUGCGUUCCCCGGAGGACGCUGCCGCCCCGCCCCAGGAGCUCGUCACCUUGUCAAGGGACUUUGUUCUGCGCUCUGGGGGACCGUACCGACAGAGGAUGGCGGCGGGGGAUCUGAGGCUGGAUAAAACCAGCGCCACGUCCUACAGGCUGACCAUUCACAAGCUACAGCCGGUGGACCAGGGUCUGCUUUACUGUCAGGCUGCCGAGUGGAUUCAGGAUCCAGACGGCAGCUGGUUCGCUAUGACCCGCAAGCAGAGCGACAAGACUCAGCUCCGCAUUCAGCCCACGGAUCGGGACUUCAGCAUCCAGGUGAGCACGGAGCGACGGUCCUUCACGGCCGGUGAGCCGCUGGAACUUCGCUGCACCAUCGAGGCACAGAACGUGCCGGAACGUUUCUUCUCGGUGUCGUGGGUCUUCAGCAGCUCACCGGUGGCCGUGGUGGGCCCGAGUGCCGUGCCUGUCCUGGGACCCGAUUACAUCGCCCGUGAGGCGGCCGGACACAUGACCGUGCGUAAAGAGAGCACCAACGUGCACCUGCUCAAGCUGCAGCACCUGCGCCCCGAAGAUGCCGGGAAAUACAUCUGCCGCGUGACGGAGCGGGAGAAGACGCCCACGGGAGAUUUCAUCGACCGCAGCAAGAGGUCGCGCAAUGUCCAGAUCACCGUCCAGUCACUCAAGAGCAACAUCACAGUGACAUUGUCCAGCAACUCCUCUGAGGUCGUAGAGGGCGACGCCAUCCAGUUGACCUGCUCGAUCCAAUCCACUACAGGCCCCCUGUCUGUUGUCUGGCAGUGGACAGACAAGCAGGCGACAGGGCCGGCUCAGGAGGUGGCAUCCGUGGAUCGGGGCGGCACCGUGUGGCACAGCCCGACCUACAGAGAGCGUGCCAGCUAUGGGGAGAUACGUGUGGAGAAGGUGCGGGGCGACACGUUCUCUCUUUCCCUGUAUAAUGCCUUACCUGGGGACGAGGGCCAGUACUCCUGCAUAGCCACCGAGUGGCUUCAGACCGGCACUGAACCGGAGCUAAACUGGGAGAAAAUAGGAGAGAAGUCAGCCGCUAAGACCGUCACCGUCAAAACUGUUGAGUCCUCCUUCAUGGUGUCGGCCUCAUCGCGGACACCAUCAGUCACCUUCGGCGACUCCUUUGACCUCCUGUGCCUGGUGAAGCCUCGCCACAACCCCCGCGUCCCCACCUCCGUCACCUGGCGCUUCAUGCCGGCUGGCACAGAAACGGACGGCGAGGAUCAGGGAGAGUUCAAAGACCUGGUGACUUUCACCCACGAGGGCACAUUGCAGUGGGGGGAGCAGCUGCUGGGGCUUGGCACGCGCACCACGGUGGACCGCUCCCACUCCAACACCAAUUUUCGACUGUCAGUGACCCGGGCAGGUCGUCGCGAGGCAGGGAAGUACCAGUGCACCGCCGUCCUGUGGAGGAGGAACUACGACAACAGCUUGAGCAGAGUAGCCAACCGCACUUCCAACCUGCUCGGCAUCAGUGUCCUACAGCCAGAGAGCAAGCUGCGAGUGCAAAAGACCAACCAGUCUCAGGUGUACCUGGAGGACAGCCGUGUCAGGAUCAACUGCUCCAUCGCCUCUCAGACCAGCCAGGACUCCCAGCACGCCGUGCUGUGGUACGUGAAGCGCGCCAGCGGUUCAGAGGCCGACGAACUCCUGCUGAGAAUCGAACGCUCGGGGGCAUUCGAGUAUGGCGCCUACGCAGACGAGGAGAGGCUGCGGCGCAGAGUGCAGGCUGAGAGGUUGUCACCCCGUCUCUAUGUGCUGACGCUGAACAGGGCGGAGAACAGCGAUUCCGGGACUUAUUACUGCCUGGUGGAAGAGUGGCUGAGCGAUCCAGAUGGAGCCUGGUAUCGACUCGCCAGGGAGUCAUCGGGGUUCACGCAGGUUCUGGUCAAACAGCCAGAGGUUCGAUUGCAGGUGGAGGAAAUGGAUUCAAACGUGACGGUGGAGGAGUCCGGCUCCAUCCGAUUGGGCUGUAGCAUUCCUUCCCAGUCAUCCCGAGACUCCCGCUUCUCCGUCUCCUGGUACGUGGAGCGCUCGGGUGACGAGGACGACGAGGAGCAGCUGGGUGACGAAGAGAAAGAGCGGGAGUGUGUGUUCUCCAUCGGCCAUGAUGCUGUUUUCGGGAAUGGAAACUGCAGUCCCAGGGAGGAGGCGGGGCCAAAUUCUCGCCUGCAGUUUGAGAGGAUGACCUCCGACCAGUACAGCCUGACCAUUCAAGGCGCCCGGCCAACAGACGCGGGCCGGUACUCCUGCCAUGUAGAGGAGUGGCUACUCAACCCGCGCAAUGCAUGGUACCGCCUGACCACCAACAACUCUGGGUUCACUACCGUCAAUGUAGUGCAACAAGUGUCCACGCUCCAGUCAGUGGUGUGCUCCAACGACUCCCUCUUCUACUUCGUCUUCUUCUACCCCUUCCCCAUCUUCGGCAUCCUCCUCAUCGCCUUGCUGCUGGUGCGCUACAAGAGCCGGAACAACAGCAAGAGCCAAGAAGGCAAGAACGGCGCCCCGCUCCUGUGGAUUAAAGAACCACACCUCAGUUACUCGCCCACUUGUCUGGACCCGCCCGCGCUCAGCCUACACCCCGGCUCCGUCGACUAAGCGAGGGGCCCGCACCCUCGCCCCCUGCCUCGCGUACGUCGCGGAUACAGCCAACACAAUGCCAGGGAGCAGAUCUGGACUCCACCUUCAGACCUUACUGUCGUUCACUGCUGUGUUGAAUUAGUCAAUCAGUUGAUCAGUUUUAAAAAUUCCUACCCUGGUGGCUGCCUGUUUUAUGUUAACAACGGUGUGUGUUUGUGUGUGUGUAUGGGUGUGCGUGCGUGGACUAGAGUCGGUGUGCCAUGUUAGCACGAUUUAAUUGUACGAGUGCGAACUGAAGGUUGAGAGAGAAUCACAAGCCUCUCACAUUUUUUUGUUUUUGUUUUCUGUGAAACAUAAUCUCAUAGCUGCAUUUUGAUUUUUAUUACUCUGAAUACUUGUCUAUUUUUCAAAAGAGGGAAAAAAACAACAAAAAAAAAACAAACUGCGCACACGGAGAUCACCGGCCAAUCCGGGAAGAACAUUUUAAGAGAAGGAACUCUAUCUAAACGACUCCGGCACUGAGUGGAUGCCAAAAAAAAGUCUCAGCACUGAUCCAAGAGCAGCCACAGCCUGGCCCACUAUGUUGGUUGCCAUAGUGAUUCUCUGCGCCCACUGACUCAGUAGCUGAUGACUUGGUUGCCAGCCUGCAUAGAGACAAAGGCAAGGACACACAAGCCUGUGUCCUAAAGUGAGGAUGUGUGUAUGUGUGUUGGCCCACCUGCCUCUACAAUGAAUUUGCCUUGGCAGACAGAAACAGGUCCUCGUGCGCCACUUAAACACUGCCAGACACUCUGGCCUUAGUGAGAGACUGCCCCGCUCCUCUAUCCUCCACCUCCUCUCUGAAAAGAGACAGCGAAGGAAAGAGAGGGAGGGACGUCGGAAAUGAUGGAGAAUAAAUGAACAGUCCUCUCCUGCUGAAGAUAUACUUAAUUUAACAUAAGGGAUUUUUUUUUUUAGUGUCCUCUGCAGCUACUGUUUGAAGUUUUAAAGAGAGAGGGUGGGGAGUAAAAGCUGAUUGGUUAUGAGGCAGAUUGUAAAUAUGUCUGCCCACCUCCUGCUGUGGGUUUAUGGGCCUUGUGGGCAAAAGGGCAAUUUUUACACUCAUAUUAAAUCUGUUGAAUUGUCCUGCUUAAAUUACACAGUGUAGGUUAUUGACUU